AUGGCCCUUAUGGAAGAAAAGCCUAAAACUUUAGUCAAACAUGUUCACAACCUGGAACUACAAGACCUCAAAACGCAAAACACAGGUGCAUAUGCCCCUAAAAACAACUCACCCAAGAAAGCUCCUAAUAGCAAUCAGAAUGUAGCUCGAAAUGUAGUGUUAUCUGAAAAAAAAACUGAGUUG